AUGAAAUCCUUUACCCUCAACGCUGUCGCCAUCCUGGGCGCAUUAUGCCUCACAAGGGCUCAGGAGGAUGAACCUACACUAGCACUCAGUGAAGAUACAACUUUCAACUUCGACAUUCUCUCUACCUUCGGUCAGAUUUACAGCGAGGGAGCAGACGUCAGUCCUGUUCUCGCAGCUGCCAAGAAAAUCAUUCCUGGGGAUCGCGAAAGCUUCACCCUGACCUGGUUCGAUCUUGCGAAUGAAACGAAGACGCGUGCAUUGGAUCCCGAGAUUGGGUACAGCGACGUCCAGCUUAGAGGUACCUGGUUUUCGACUGCCAAUUACUUUCGUCGAGCGGACACGUACAACCGCGGUGACUGGAACGACCCGCGGAUCAACGCAUAUUGGGCUGAGCAGGAAGAAGCCUUCGACAAAGCCAUAGCCGCGCUACCACAUCCGGCGCGACGAGUACAAAUCCCGACAGAUUCUUUCACUGUCGAAGGCAUCUGGUAUACUCAGAACAGCACUGAGCGUCGACCAACGAUAUUAAUGGGUCAGGGGUUUGAUGCUGCCCAGGAAGACUUGUAUCACACAUUCGCAGGUCCAGCACUCGCCCGAGGGUACAAUGUCUUGACAUUCGAAGGUCCAGGCCAACCAAAGGUUCGCAGAGACCAAGAUGCUGGAUUUUUCCCGGAGUGGGAGCGCGUGGUUACUCCCGUGGUGGAUUAUGCGCUUUCGGAACUCGCUGAUUAUGUGGACCCGGCGCAAUUGGUAUUGUACGGUCACUCGCUGGGAGGAUAUCUGGAGGCAAGGGCCGCUGCGUUCGAGGACCGCAUAACAGCACUCAUCCUCAAUGGUGGUGUCUGGGAUAUGUUUGAAGUAUUCACCGGGGGCCUGCCUGAGGAACUGCUCGAGCUUCUCGAAUCUGGCGAGAAGGAAGAGUUCGACACGAUCGUACAUGAAUUGCUGCGUGACCCAGAAGCGCCGACAGAGCUGAAAUGGGGAAUUGAGCAUGGCUGCUGGGCGUUCAAGAUCGAGUCCCCUUUUGACUUUUUGCAAGAGACCAGGAAGUAUACUCUCAGAGGGCUGACGGACAAGAUCCAGGGGCCGGUCUGGUUAGCGGAUGGAGAGUUUGAGAGCGCCAACCGAGGUCAGUCGCAACAGGUGAAGGAUGCUUUGGGCGAUCGAGCCGAGUUGCAUAUGUUCACAGGAUCAGCUGGAUAUCAUUGUCAGACCGGUGCAGCUCAGGAGUUCGGCAGAGUCGUCUUUGCUUGGUUGAAUAAGGUUUUGAACAAGGCCUGA